CCGUAAACAACGCCGCUGACUCAAGUCGUUCAAGUCGUUGCGGUGAUUUACACUUUUCGAAGAGAUAUGCAGAACAAGCGAUAAUUGUGCAAACUUGAGCCGCCGCCGCCGACUCGCACCACGUAAAGAAACACGUCGUUUUCUGCGACAAUCAGUGUUUUUUUGUCACUCCGGUUGGUUUAGUUUGAGAAAAGAUGGCUGAUGUUCAUACAGGUUUGUAAAAGUUUAGAAUAACUUGCAGCGUUUGCGAUGGUAAAGACUUUGUAGGGACUCGUUACGUGUGUCUGAUUUGCUGGGACUACGAUUUGUGCCAGAAAUGUUACGAGGAAAAACGUUGCACUGCCCGGCACCGGCCACACCAUCCGAUGCAGUCGGUUAUUAGUAGGGACGAUUUCUUCAAAUCCACUCAAAGUGCAGUCACUGUGGAUGAGGUUCGACUGUGUUGUCCAUUUUGCGGUGAACGAGAGUUGAAUCUGGCAGCGUUACUGCAGCAUAACCAGCAGAAUCAUGCCGAAGAGGCCGAAUCCGUACGAUGUCCGGUUUGUGUGACGUACAACGUUCCGGGAAACAGUCUGCUGGAUGGAUUGUUUUUGGAACAUCUGCGGAACGAGCACAGCGAGCUAGAUGAGGGUAUAUCCUGUACCACUUGCCAGAAGAAACCAUUUGCGGGGAAUCGCUACGCGUGUUUAGUGUGCCACAACUACGACCUAUGCGAAGAAUGUCACACUGGGAAGCGAUUCAGCAAACACCAUCUGCCUUACCAUCCGAUGCAGCAAAUUAUGCCCAAAGAAGCGUACGCAGUUCAGAAUCCACCUCCGGAAAGAAUCUUCCGGUGUCCAUACUGUGGAGACGGCGAGCUCAGCGCCAGUGGUCUCAGGGAUCAUUGCCAAGAACUGCACCAGAAUUGCCCAGGAAUCCGGGUCAGAUGUUCAAUCUGCGGCGUCUGUCGAGUUCCGUACAAAAACUUUACCCUCCUAAAGUGCUCUCUGCUGGACCAUUUGAGAGACUAUCAUGGAUUGAAAGGAGCUCCAGAACCAGAACCGGAAGUUAUCAGACCAAUUGAAUGUUCGAUAUGCUUUCUGGAGCUGGAGGCUGAGAUAGUCACGGAAAGGUAUUGCCAGUGUCGGCAUGAGGAAUUCCACGAGAAAUGCAUCCGGGAAUGGUUGGCCAUCAACCCAACCUGUCCGGUGUGUCGAGCAAUGCAAAAGCCCUAGUGAAGUAUUAAUGAUUCGUUUCUACUAAAAAUAAAAUUAAUGUAAAAUUA